UGUUAUGGCACUGGCGUAGUAGGGGGUUGUGGAAGCCAUAUACUUUCAGACUGGAAUUAUGGUGUAAUUAAGAAAAAAGUGUUCUGCGUACUUGGCAAAUGCGACGUAGGCUACUGGAUACGGGCUGGAUAUACGUCUCGAGUGGAUUUGGAUGUACACUUUUCUUUUUACGCAAAAAUGCAUGUGCUAGCUGGCUAGCGCCUUGUUUAUUGUCGCUGCUGUGGGUAUUCUAGAAUAAACAUUUUAGAAACGAACUUCGGGUAGCAAGUUCAAUUUCUUCCCCCUGGCCCCCGAACUCGCCGGGUAAUGUUAUUUAACUUGCGCGUAUGGAAACCAACCCAGUCACCUAUGGAAAACUUACUAACAACUAGCGAGGAGCAACUUGUUGUGGUGAAAAAGAAGUAAUGUUGUAACUUCGGCUAGCUGACCUAGCUGAGAUCUCCGUGUGUAAUGUGCAUGGAUAUGCUGGUGGUGAUGGAUUGCACAUUACACUUUUGACUUCAUUGUGACUUGCAAUGGGACUUGACGAGACAUAUCGACCCUUUGAACGGAUCCUUACGUAGAACUAAAGACAAACUGUCAGGCCUGCCUUACACCACUGCCUGCUGCCCAUCAAAGAUGUGAAAGGACCACGGCGUACUCCUCCUCUACCACGAACAGACGUCUGCAGCACCAGUUAGCCAUGGACCGGAACAAGCGCAACUCCAUAGCCAGCUUCCCCAUGCGACCGGACCGACCGGAGGAGCUGGACGUGGGGGUUGGCGGGGUCGAGACGGGACCUGCCCAGUUGGACAGCAGGGUGUGCCCCUCCUCCUACCGUGCCCUGAUCAGUGCCUUCUCUCGCCUGACGCGCCUGGAUGACUUCAUCUGUGAAUGGAUCGGCUCGGGCUUCUUCUCUGAAGUCUACAAGGUAGGCCUGCUGCUUUCCCUCCUCAGGGCUCUCUCACGCUCCGCUUCCAGGAUGCUUCAGGUGUGCGCCGUGUAG